AUGGAGAGUUUCAUGGCUGAUUUGGUGAAGCCAUACAUAGAGAAAUUGAUUAAUGGGGCAUUGGUAGAAUCAAGUUAUAUAUGUUGCUUCACAUGCAUCGCUAAGGAUUUCGAAGAAGAAAAAGCUAGGUUGGUACCAGAAAGGAAAACUAUCAAGGAACGUGUUGAAGUGGCAACCAGUAGAGGAGAAGAUAUUGAAAGUAAUGUUGUUUCUUGGGAAGAAGAAGCUGAUAAGCUCAUUCAAGAAGACACCAAAACAAAACAAAAAAGUUGUUUUGGAUUUUGUCCUAAUUGCAUAUGGCGAUAUAUAAGGGGAAAGGAACUAGCAAAUAAGAAGGAGCGUAUUAAAAAAUUAAUGGAAACUGGAAAGGAACUUUCGAUUGGACUCCCUGCUCGUCUUCCAGGUGUUGAAAGCAAUCAACCUCAACUCUAUAUUUCUUUUAAAAGCAGAGAAUCCAUAUACGAUGAGCUUUUGGAUGCACUGAAAGAUGACAACAAUUAUAUAAUUGGGUUGCUUGGAAUGGGGGGCACAGGAAAAACUACAUUAGCCAAAAAAGCUGGUAACGAAAUUAAGCAAUCCAAACAAUUUACUUAUGCCAUCUUUACGACAGUGUCAAAAUCUCCUGAUAUUAAAAAGAUUCAAGAUGAUAUUGUUGGACCAUUGGGAUUGAAUUUGAAUGACGAUAAUGAAUCAGACCGACCCAGAAAACUAUGGAAAAGAUUGACUAAUGGUGAGAAGAUUCUUCUAAUAUUGGAUGAUGUGUGGGGAGAUCUCGAUUUUAAGGAAAUGGGGAUUCCAUAUAGUGACGAUAAAAAAGGUUGCAGAGUUCUUGUAACCACACGCCAAAUGCCGGUAUGCGACAUAAUGGGAUGCAAUAAGACAAUACAACUGGAGACUUUAACUGAAGAAGAUGCAUGGAACAUGUUCAAAAGGCAUGUUGAUCUAUGCAACAAUGCAUCCAAAAGUUUGCUCGGUAAGGCUCAUAAAAUUGCAAAUGAAUGCAAAAGAUUAUCAAUUGCAAUUGUUGACGCCGGUAGUUUGAAAAGACAAAAAUGCCCAAAACAGUGGAAUGCUGCCUUAAUUUCCUUACAGAAACAUAUGUUAAUGCACGAGGAUGAUGACGAUGAACAAGAUAAAAUUUAUCGACGCUUGAAGUUUAGCUAUGAUUACAUGAAGAAUGAAAAGGCCAAGAGACUAUUCCUCUUGUGUUCUGUAUUUCAAGAAGAUGAAAAUAUUCCUAUUGAAAGGUUAACCAAAUUUGGCAUAGGAGCAGGAAUUUUUGGUGAAGAUUAUCAUAGCUACGAAUAUGCUCGAAGUCUAGUAGAUAAAUCCAAAACUAAACUCCUAGAUUCUUGUUUAUUAUUGAAAGCUGAUGAUCAAGAGAGUGUAAAAAUGCAUGACUUGGUUCGUGAUGCAGCCCAAAAGAUAGCAAACAAAGAGAUUCAAAGAAUAAAUCUUUCUAAUAGAAGUGAAAAGGCAUUGGUUGAAAAGGAAAAUAAUAUUAAAUAUUUGUCAUGCCAAGGAAAGUUAAUGAACGUUCUUUCUUGCAAGUUUGGUGGUUAUGAGCUUGAAAUUCUAAUUGUCUACAUAAGGCGCUGCGACGAUGUGAAAGUAGAAUUCCCAAAUACAUUUUUUGAAAAUAAUACAGGUCUUCGAGUUUUUCAUUUAUGUGGUGAUGAUAGAAUUUUGUAUAAUUCAACUUUAUCAUUCCCACAAUCAAUUCAAUCAUUGAAUAAUAUACGAUCGUUGCUUUUUACGAAUGUCAAUUUAGGUGACAUCCCUAUUUUGGAAAGCAUGCAUAGUCUUGAGACACUUGAUUUGGUUCAUUGUAAAAUUAAUGAAUUGUCGCAUAGAAUUACAAAACUACAGAAGCUUAGAUUGUUGAAGUUGGAAUCUUGUGAAAUUUUAAGGAAUAAUCCAUUUGAUGUGAUUAAAGGAUGCUCGUUACUUGAAGAGUUAUAUUUCUUAGACAGUUUUGAUGUUUCUUGUCAAGAAAUAAGUUUCCCUAAAUUGCAAAAGUUUCCCUACUAUAAACAGGUAGAUCUAUAGAGUGAAGUUUGAGAGUAACUCAAAGUCUCCGAGGUAUAAAGCCAGAUUAGUGGUGAAAGGGUUCUGUCAAAGACAAAGUGUUGAUUUUAAUGAGAUUUUCUCACAUGUGAUAAAAAUGUCAUCGAUUAGAACCGUGUUAAGUUUGACAACUACUCUUGACUUAGAGGUAGA